AUGACUCAGACUACCGUAUGUGUCAUUCACAAUGUGUUCGAGCUAGCUAACAUAUUGCUUAUAUUGCUUUCCAAUAGCAUUAUUGAGCAUUCAGGCGGAUAUCGUCACGUUGGAGCAUAUGGAAUCAUUUAUCAAGAGGAUCAGAAUCCUGUUGGCAUAGUCUCUGAUUAUGGUUCUCGCUACAUCUUCCCGAAUGUACCGAUAGAGGACCGAAAGCUCUAUGAAACGGAACGUUAUCACAACGGAGAUCUCACAUACACGUUUGACAUUGCGAAGGAUGGCGAAUACGUGAUCGUGUUGAAGUUCUCCGAAGUAUAUUUUCAAUCUUCUGGACAAAAGGUAUUCCAUGUGCAUGUGAACGACUUGCCUGUGAAACGAAGUUUAGACAUAUUCCGUGAAUCAGGAGCCACGGGUGUUGCGUACGAUCUGUGA